AUGGCACCACACAAGAUCCAUGUGGCCGUCCUAGACGCCGAUAUCCCAUGUCUGUCCGUCUACAGAGCACGUGGACUCUACAGUUCUCAGUUCCGCGAUCUUCUCCAGGCUGCUGCCGAGCGUCUGAACCGGAAUCCAGCCAGCCAGCUCCAAAAAGGACCGCUUGCCGUGCAUAUCACGGCCUUUGACGCCGUGGGAAAAUCGCUGCCACCUCUCGAGUCUCUGCGCGCCAGUCCACGAUCCUUCAAUGAACGUCAUGCGGGCGGACCCUUAGGACUGAUCGAUGGGAUCUUGAUCACCGGCUCGGCGGCAUCGGCGUACGAAGACCAGCCCUGGAUUCAUGCCCUGGAAUCUUUCAUUCGGACGGUGCAUACGGAUUUCCCGCACGUCAAGAUCUUCGGAUCUUGUUUCGGCCACCAGAUCAUCGCUCAGGCGUUACUCUCAGCCAAAGUUACGACUCCAUCCUCUGCGUUCCACGUGGAGCACGCGCAGACGGGAUACGAAGUGGGCAUCGAACCGAUCACUCUCCACCCGUCUUUCACGGCGCACUUCCCACCUCUCGCGCGGGUGUCGUCCCAGUCCCCAUUCCGCAUCCAGCUUGUCCACGGCGACCAAGUGGUGCCUACGCCCGAGGCGCUAGCCGCCGCAGGAGGAACGAACUCCGUGGUGUCCCUGCCGACGUCUUGGAUGAACAUCGGCAGCAGUGCCCAGUGCCCGAUUCAGGGUCUGUACUGCCCCGGCCGUGUCCUUACGUACCAGGGCCAUUUCGAGUUUGAUACUUUUGUCAACAGCGAGCUGUGUCGGGAAUUUGGUCUGCGGGCUAACUGGCCGGUGGAGUUGGUGGCUUCUUACCUGGAGCGGAUUUCCCGUGCCUUUGUCCCUGACAAGGAUGAUGAUGACGACUCUAAGGCUGCGGCUGAGGCGGUGCUACUGUUCUUUGCGGGCGAGGAUCUUGUUUCCAAGGGUGAAGUAGGGCAGCAUGUUGAGACUAGUGGUCUGAUCACACCUCCGCUGGAAGAGCAUGUGGUGGGUUGA